AUGACAUACCUCCGAAUUGAAGUAGCAUAUAAAAGCAACUUAUUGACUUAUUUACAAUAUGAAUGUGGAUCCAUCAUUCUGACCAAUUCUGCUUCUGCGUGCACACUGCCAAUACAGUUUAUAUACAUAACGGUAUAUAUACUGCGACAUACAUAA